CAGAUGUCAAAGAAAAAAAGUAUUUACAUAGUCGCAAUUUUCCUUUUGCUAAGAAAAAAGUUAGUAGAUUUGACUACAUACAACGUAAUGCGCCUUUUCAGUGUUCAGAUAAUACAAAUAAAGAAAUAAUGUACCGAGUGGAAUUGCCUUACAUAGAUGAAUUAACACUUGUUUAUCUAGAAAAUAGUAAAAGUAAUGAUAGCAUGGGCCAAUUAUAUAGCAAUAGUAACAUUGUCACCUCAGUUUAUGCAGAAGUUGAACAAGUGGAGAUUGACUUUACAAGACCAAUAGUUAUACUUGGACCAAUAAAAGAUCAAAUAAAUAACAGUUUAAUUAAGGAAUUUCCAGAGAAAUUUGAAGCUUGUGUACCACGUAAGUUAGAAUAUUAUGUUAAAGUGGAAAAAAUCUUUGUUAGUUACUUGAUCACACCUGAUAACUUUAACUAA